CAUUAUCUUAAAGGCAAGACAUAUUCAAAUGGCAAAAUCAACUAAACCUUCAAACAAACUCUCGGACAGACUCAACCCCAAAACCGUCAACCAGUUUGGAAAGAGUCAGUCCUCGUUUGGUCAGCUGUACAAUAACGGAGCUAUCCCAUGUAAACUGUCUCAUGGUAGUGUAAACCACAGACUCGUAUGGAACGAGAGUCCCGAGUCCUUAUCAUAUGACCCGCUACUAGUCCACUUUGCAGAGGGUUUGGUAGAGACACAGCACCCGUACACCUUCAUCACAAAAGCAGCGUUUAUCGAGUUGUGUGAAAUACCAGGCUCAGUGGACAAAGUUCUCCCCCUGCUCACUCGUCUCAUUCCGCAUAUAAAACUAGCUCUGAUGUCUAAAGAUAAAGAAGUUGUGAAAGGUGCUUUUGAAGCUGUGCAGGCGUUAUCCAACUCAAUUAAAUCACACCUUAAUCCUCAUCUCAAACUUAUUCUUGCACCGUUCGCGAAGUGGAGUAACAAUGCCGCCACGAGAGAUUUGGUGUUGUCGACACUGCAUAUAUUGGAAGAGCAUGGGCACAAGGAAGCGUAUCAGCAGAUAAAGAAAAAAAUACCCACCUACACCUCUAUAUGCGGAUGAUACGAUUCAGUCAUGGUAAUUAGUGAUUACAAAUGUGUCAGACACAACACCUAAGGACAGAGCCAUAAUGAUGAAUGAGAGAGUUCUUCUUACACCUUUCCAAAGGCAAUUAAAGUCUAUAAAAAUUUGUAUAAAUUAUGUGUCUUUGUGUACAAUGUAGGUCUGGUAGCCAGGAAAACAAACUGAUGAAUUGUUAUAAUACUCGAUAUUUCGAACCCUUUUUGUAUACAAAUGUUACUUUUGCAAUCGGCA